AUGACGGAGACCGCGGGUUUAUCAAGACAUCAGCCUCGCAAACCACGUCCAGAAGAGCGGCAAAAGCGGCCGCAAUUGACACAUUUCCUGUGUCUCCCUCUGGUAAACACCAAGUCGCUGCUGCAGCUGGAAUCAUCGCUCGGGGCCUUCAUAACAGCCCAUGUCGAUGAAUCUGGGCCAGCUUCUCAAUCGUCCCCCAAGGGCCAAAGGGAUACAUCGCGCCUGAGUCUUCCAAGGACAGCUUUUCGUCCACUGGGCACACUUCACCUUACUCUUGGUGUGAUGAGUCUCGCCAAUAAAGAGAGACUUGAUCAAGCUCUUGCUUUUUUCAAAUCCCUCGACCUGGCAGACCUAAUGAGCGAAGUGACGCGAGCCGCCGCUCACUCACAACAUAAAGACGCCCUUCACCAAUCAUCGCCCUUGACGGUUUCCCUCGAGUCAUUACAUGCUUUGCCUCAAGGAAAAUCAGCAACCGUAUUGCAUGCUUCUCCAGUAGAUCAUACAGGCCGUUUGCUUCCAUUUUGCGUAAAGCUACGUGACAAAUUCAUCGAGGCUGGCUUCAUCCAAAGUGAGCCCGACAGAAGAUCGGCAGGAAGACAUAACCCCACCAAUCGCUCCGUCCAAGACAGCCCUCAGGCCUCUGGGUCAGCUACCUUCUCUAGUGACGUAUCUUUACGCCAGCCAGAAAGCCAAACUUCCUCUGGUCCCGCAGACGUGUGCGAAAGCCGGAACCCAUUCAUAAAUGUAAUAACACGAAAACCGAAACAGCGACCACUUCUUCUGCACGCGACUCUUGUCAAUACCAUUUAUGUCCGCGGCCGGCAGGGUCAGAACAAGGGUGCGAAAGGAAACCGUCCACCCAAACGCCUUACAUUUGAUGCCCGCAACCUGAUCUCACAAUAUCGUAAUUACUACCCUGAUGACAAUCCAAAUAUCCCACAACCAGCACGUACUGGAUCUUCCGAAGACAAAAGUGACCCCUAUCGUACGAAAUCUUCACCGAUCCCCGACAGAAACAUUGUUUCCUCCGAGCAUAAAAGCCAUUCGGCCACUUCUCCCCCACCGUCGCGGGGCUCUCCUUUCAUUUGGGCAAAGGAAAUUCCUCUGGAUACCAUCUGCAUCUGUGAAAUGGGCGCUAGGAAAUUACAUCCUGGUGUCAACGACGGCGAUGGUCUGAAUGAACGCCUCGGCGAGAAAUAUACGGUCGUUGCAGAACGGAAUCUGAAUUUAUGA